AUGAACAAGCUACUUCUGGUUGUCCUCAUCUUGGCAAUUCUUGUACAUGCACAGGCUUACUAUCUCUACUACUACUACCCAUCGAACAACAACGGUUACCAAACAUACUACUACUAUCCAAACAACAAUAACAACGGACAAACGACAUAUUACUACGAUAACGGAAACAAUGGAAACACUGGAACCACCUACUACUACUACCCGAACAACAAUGGAUACUCCUAUUACCCAUAUACCACUUAUUAUUAUACUUAUGGAAGAAAGUAG